AUGGCUUACUCGAUCAAUGGUGUCGGUGAGCUCGAGGCCGGUGACCCGGCUAUUCAGGCAUGCACGCAUAUGUGCACUGUAAUUAUCACAGAACAAGUAAAGAUUACUAGCUACGUCAACGUCCCAGGCCCCACAGUCACUGUCUCCGAUGACCCUACCACCGUCACGGUCACUGCCACGCCAACAGUCGAAGAAGUCACUGUCACUGUCACUGCCAAACCAACAGUGGAAGAAGUCACGGUUACUGUCACUGCCACUGACACUGCCACUGCUACCAACUCCGACUGCGCCACCCAGAGUCUUCAAUGGACCACUGUCUCUGUUGUUGAGACGGCAACCCAGACUUACACGCUCUCCUAUCCGAUCGUCACAAGCACCUAUGUUGAGUGUGUCGAGCCGGGGACAGGCUAUCCGACCGAUGGUUACCCCGAGCCCGAGCCUGAGCCCGCCCCGACAUAUGGCAGUGAAGCAGACGGAGAACUUGAGCAACGCCAGUGCGGUUAUUGUGAGCCUCCGCCACCCACUUGUGGCUAUAUCACCGUCACGGAUUGGCAGACAACCGUCCUCACCACGAUCGAAACUGUCAUUUCCGGUUCCGCGACCACUGUGACGGUGCCGACGACGAUCGCGACAACAAUUCCCACUACCAUCAUCGGAACCGAGUUUAUCACUCGCACCGCGCCGACAACGAUCUGGGAGGAGGUCACGACGACAACAACCUCGACCGUCACCACAGAAAUCCCUGUCACUAUUACUGAAGACAACACCAUCGUCACCACGACCACCACGACCGAGUAUGAGACUGUAGUUAGCACAGUCAGCAGCUACCCCGUCACUUCAUGGAUCACCGACGUGAUCACGGAUGUUGUCACGGAAACACUGCCUGAUGAGACCAUUACCGGCCCCGGCGCGACAGUCACCCAAACACUGCCUGGUGAGACCGUUACCGGCCCUGGCGCGACAGUCACCCAGCCUGGGCCAACGGUCACGGUUCCUCCGGAGACCAUUACGCUCCCCGGUGGGGUGAUCACUCUGCCCGGCACCACUACCACUGUCACCGUCACUGAGGACGGCGAGACCAUCACUACGACAAUCGUCACACCCCCUGAGACCAUUACACAGCCCGGUGAGGUCAUCACGGUGACACCAAUCUUCGAAGUGACGCUUUGUCCCACCCCGACGGGUGCGUCGGCGCCCCUGAGCACGGACAGCGAGGACACAUUUGGCUGUGCGCCCGGUUAUGUCUGCAACCCUGCCAAGCCCGCCGGCUGCAACUUCUGGCCCGGUCUGCCGUCGCCCGACUACCUGUGCAAGCCUGAGGAGUGUAUUCUCGCACCCCCGUUCCCCAACGUGACCUGGGAAGAGGGCGAGACCAGCUACUACCCUCCAACCUACGGCUACUUUGAUCUGAACCCCGAGGCAUUCGGGUUGUCGUUUGAUAUUUUCGAGUACGAGGUGUACGAACAGGUCAAGGAGAGCACCACUAUUACCGUCACCACCGGCAACUGGGAGUCGCAGGCGAGUUUGAGCGUCUGGCCGCGCCCUACCACUACCACGACCACAAGCGCCACCCCUGAGCCUUACCGCUUGGUCCGUCGCACGCUCAACAAGCGCGACGUGGACACUCCGGCCGUCUGCUUCGCCCUCUGCAACAAUGCCAUGAAGAUCGCCCUAUCGCUCGGAAAGUCUGAUGACCUCUGCGAGGACGGUUCUUCCUUCCUCAAUGCCUACAACGUCUGCCAGGUCUGCGUCGUGGAGAACGGCGACGAGACCAAGGAUCCCGUCCGUGACUACAUCGUGCCCGAGUUCAAGCAAUUCCUUGACCACUGCGCGGGCGGCGAUGCCGAGCCCACGGAGACCUUUGUCACGCCCCCCGAGUCGGCUGUCACCAGCCAACCGGAGGUCAGCACCACCAGCCAGGACGAGGUGAGCUCGGGUACCUUUACGCCCAUUGAGCCUACCACGACGGUCGUGACCACCAUCAUUUCCACCUCCACCUCCACCGCCGAAGAGUCUUUUACGACUGAGUCUUCCAGUGAAGAGCCUGCGCCGGCCACCACCAUCGCCGAGGAGACUCUAUCGACUGAGUCUUUCAGUGAAGAGCCUGCGUCGAGCACCACCAUCGCCGAACCCACGACCAUCGAGCCAGUCCCCACUACGGCCCCCGAUGAAGUAACAGAGACCACCACUGUCGAAGAAUUAGCUACUUUGACCAGCCAGGAGUCCGACGCGCCCGACACCAGCUUGAAAUCGUCCGAUGAAAGCAGCUACCCCGAAAUCACGAGCACUACCGAGGAAGUCUCUGCCACCGCUACCGACGAGCCCACCGGCACCCAGACAUCGGUCAUUCUCGCUCCUACCGAGUUACCCGAGGGUAUCACCACCAUCGAGGACGGGACCCCCAUUUCCAUCACCACCGUCGACGGUACGCCGAUCUCGAUUCCUGUCGUGAUCACUACCCAAGACGGCACCCCAGUCGCUGUCCCCGUGUCUCUGAACACAAGUGACAGGACGGUGAUGCCUGUGCCACUCCCCACGGACGACGGCGACGACGGCACUCCCGAGGACGGAGAUGAUGGGCAGCCUCUGCCCGGCGAUGGUGAGGACGACAGUGACACCUUCACGUCCGUCUACACCAUGUCGGGCACUCACACCAUCCCCAUGAUACCCGAGCCCACGGGCGGCGACGAGCCAACUCCCACCCCAGUCCCCGGCGCAGCUGCACGAACCGGUCGUGGCGCGCCCAUCUUGACUCUGGGUGCCAUUAUCCUCACUUUCCUCUUCGCCUAA